UUUUUUGCUUUUCUUUUCUGUUUGUGUUCGCGCCAAUCAAUAAAAGAAAACUAUUUCGAAUUUAAUUUAAUUUGCUUGACUAUUUUACCAUGGAUUUCCCAAAUACAAGUGGAAUUAAAAGCCCGUUUUCACCUAGAGUCAGACAAUCAAUUACAGGCCGACGAGCGGGCUUGUCUUCUGCCAAAAAGAACCAAAGUAAGUUUAUGCAGUCCACUGAAGCCCCGACAGGAGAAGUGAUCUACAAGACUGCUUUGACUACAGUGGAGACUUAUGGACAUCCAUUGCCUGUGUUAGUGACAGAAGCCCUUACAUUUGCAAGCGGUGAAGUGACAGUAGGUUUGUCAGCCAAUGGCUACUGCUGGCUCGUAUUCGGCCGGAGGCUGCUCGUGUGGGCGCGGGACGGCGGUGCAGCUCGCGAACUGACGCUGCCACAGACCGAUCUUCAGCACAAGGCCGAGCUGGUUGAGGUGUUUUAUGAGGAUGGUGCACAGAUGCCAUCAUGCAUCGGCGUGUCGCCCGAAGGCGUCGUCCGCUACUGGCCCUCCGUAGGCCAGGAGCUGUAUGUGGACACCAGCUGCGAGUUGGCCGGCCAGGAGUGCAGCCGGCUGGUGGCUUCCGGCUCCGCUUCCGGUCUGCUGCUGGCCACCACAUCCUGCAGCCUGCUGCAGCUGCGGCCGGAGCCGGAGCGGCCGGGUGUCACAUGCAGGCAGCUCCGUCCACCGUCCGGAUGGCUGGGCGGCAUCGGCAGACGUGUGUCUCUUCUGUUCUUCGGUUCCAUGCCUGCCAACGCUGAUACUAAAUUGGUCGGCGUGGUGAUCCUGCACGACGGCCCCAUGUCGGCGGGCUCGGAGCCGGCGGGGUACAUCGCGCUGGUGGGGGGAGGGGGAGGGGCGGUGCUGCAGCUGUGGCGCGGCGCCGACCUGCACGAGCACAACCUGCGCAGGGCGCUCACCGACGCUCACAGGGCUCAAGGCGACGUGAACAGCCUGCAAGUGAUGUGCCUGGACGUGCGCGCCGGCGGGCCGCGCUCGCUCGCGCUGCUCAUCGCGUGCGUCAACGUGGCGCGCUCCGACACCAGGCACGCCAUCGCACACAUGUCCGUGGAAGACCCAGCCAACCCCCGAGUAACUUCCCUCAUACCCCUCCGAGGCUGCACUCUGUCACCAGACAUUGCCCCGCGCCUCCUGCCGCUGCCCUCCGCCGCCGCCCUGUACACCAGCACAUAUGUGGCUAUAGUCAGUGAGUACAUAGUACAUCACUGUACAAGACCCAGCCAACCCCCGAGUAACUUCCCUCAUACCCCUCCGAGGCUGCACCCUGUCACCAGACAUCGCUCCGCGCCUCCUGCCGCUGCCCUCCGCCGCCGCCCUGUACACCAGCACAUAUGUGGCUAUAGUCAUGUACAAGACCCAGCCUACCCCCGAGUAACUUCCCUCAUACCCCUCCGAGGCUGCACUCUGUCACCAGACAUCGCUCCGCGCCUCCUGCCGCUGCCCUCCGCCGCCGCCCUGUACACCAGCACAUAUGUGGCUAUAGUCAGCACAGUGGCGAAUGACAAAGUUGAAUACAUAGACGUGGCGUCAGAAGGAGACAGAAUCCUCGGUGCUACUCUGUGCAACGGGCAGCCGUUACUCUUCAGCAGGAAACAUGGCGUCCUGGCGCUCACUUCAGCUGAGACCGUGUCUACCAACGUAUCUGUGUGCGAGAGCCCCAUGGGCUCACCUUGCCCGUCGGACGUGUACGAUGGCAACCUGUCCCUCUACGAGAUCGAUCCUCACGAGGUGAGCAUGGUAACUACAGACGCGUGCGGCAAACUCAAAACAGCCUUCCUAUUCCAUCUGCGGCGCGACACGGCCGCCUGCCGCGCCAUCGUGCAAGACCUGUUCCCGGCCAAGCAGCGCUCGGACCCGGCGCUAGACAACACCGUCGUGCGCAUAGCCACCGAGCUGUGCGACGACAUACCGCAGGGAGAUCCCAGAUGGAAACAGCGUCCGGGCGGCCCCGCGACCAACAUCCCCCUGGGCAGUUCCUCGGCCCUGCAGAUCAACGCGCAACUCAGAGACAAGCAGCGCGCGUUCUCGCUGUUCGCAGAUUUCUUACGGGCUACGGGCCUAUGGCAGCGGCUCGGGUCUCUCUCUCUAGAAACCGGAGGCGACUGCGUCAGUACAGUAUCAGCGUUGGGCAUGUUAGCGGAGAAGCUAGCUAUAGCUCUGGCGCUGAGAAAGAAACAGCAGAGCGGAGACUCACAACUCAUUGACGCCGCUGUCUAUCAGGUGGUGUGCGGCGACGAGGCGGAACCAGAAGAACCGGAAGUAGAAGCAGCCCUGUCUUCCGGCGCAUUAUCUCCGGCAGACGUGUGCUUCCGCCGCGUGUCCUCCAUCCAGCGCGUGCUGGUCGCGCUGUGCUCCGUGUGCGCGCCCGCGCAGCACGACGCGCGCGCGCUCGCCACGCACGCGCAGCACGUUUCUAGGCUGCUGACGAGCAUCCUCACAGAGGUGCACGGCACGCGAGCGCAGUGGCAGCCGCGGCCGCUGCUGCCCCCGCUGGGCUCGGGCGCGCUGCUGCCUAGACUAGUGCAGCUACACACCAGGGCCGUCACUCAAUACGGUCCCGGUUGCCCGGACGUGGUCCUUCGCUCAUCGCUGUACGAGGCCACCAGUCUCCUGGCCGACCUCAUAUUGACGGAGGCCGAGCCCCUGCGACAGCACAGCGACACGCGACACGUCGGCGACAAGAUGCGGCGCGACAUCAUACAGCCCUAUAUUAGUAUAUUGUACGAGGCCACCAGUCUCCUGGCCGACCUUAUACUGACGGAGGCCGAGCCCCUGCGACAGCACAGCGACACGCGACACGUCGGCGACAAGAUGCGGCGCGACAUCAUACAGCCCUAUAUUGAUGCCGGACAGACGGAGAGAGCUGCAGUACUGGCAGAAAAGUUCAAAGAUUUUGAGCUCCUCAUUGAGAUGUGUGACCGACAAGAUGAUAUGGAGCGUUUGUACUCUUAUAUUGACAAGUAUUCGGGCGAGGGUAUCGCGGAGGCGGCGUUCGCGUACCUGAUGGAGGCGGGCGGGGCGGGCACGGCGCGGCUGGUGCGCGCGCUGGGCGCCCGCUACCCCGCGCGCGCCGCCGCCUGGCUCGCGCGCGCGCCCGCCCGAGACCCCGCGCGCGCGCUGCACCUCCUGCAGGCCAAGGACUACGGCCAGGCCGCGCAAGUGCUGGCCGGCCUGGCCCAGGGGGAGAGGGACGAGGUCAACAGGAUGACGACAACGGCAUCCUUGGCCAAGCUUUGCCUGCUGGCAUCCGACGAGGAACCUCAACCUUCGGACUUGUGGAGUAAGGUCGAAGGUUGCCUGUCGCUAGCCGAGCAGCACGCGGCGCUGCCACGCGACAUCAAACUGCUACACGGACUAGACGCGGCGGACUGCAAGGUGAUGCCGCCGGAGGAACUUGUACAGAUGUACAUCGAGAGCGAGAGCGACGCGUUGACCGAGUACGACUACAAGAAGGCCCUCGACCUGACCGACUUCGUGCAGGACAUGGAGCGCCGCGAUGACCUGAGGCUUAGGGUGUGGUGCGCAUGUAUCCGCCGCUCCUCGUGGGACACCGUCAACGUGGAGGCGCCCGCCGCCGAGCUGCAGGACAAGAUGUUCUUCCGUCUCAUGCAUUUAGUGCACUUCAUGGGUGGUGAUCUGGAGCUGCUACUUCCCCCGGCCGAAGACAUCCUGACGGCGCGCGAGCUGGCGGAGCUGGUCUCCGACGCGCGCUUCCGGUACAUCAUCAAGUACGGCUACGAGUGCUUCCAUACCCGCCGCCAGGAUGACAUGGUCACCGCGUGAGCAGGCGCUGUCUAGCAAGGAACCACUAUCAUCACCACAGGUUGAGGGGCUCCCUGGCGCCAAUAACCUUCGAUCUGAAUCCCUUAGUUUUCUAAUGUUUUUUGUAGCUUAUC